AUGCUGGGGCUCAUGCUAACCUUGGUCUUGCUGAACCUGGUGACUGGCUUCCAGUGCCCAGACACAGCAGUGUGUGAGGAAAAUGAAACAUGUUGUCAGUCACCCUCUGGAGAAUAUACAUGCUGCCCUUUCCCUCAGGGUGUGUGUUGUGAGGAUCACCUGCACUGUUGUCCUGAAGGCAUGCUCUGUCAGAUGGAGGACUCCAAGUGUUCAAACGUCACACACACUCUUCCAUGGGUGGAGAGAUCACCAGAGAGACAGACUAGCAUUGCAAAAUCCUUCCGAAUAAUCAGUUCAUCUCCUGCGAUUGAAGAUGACAUCAUGUGUCCAGACAAGUCCUACUGCCCUGCAGAGUUCUCCUGUCUGAAACUCUCCAAUGCUUAUGGAUGCUGUCCCGUGGCUCAGGGUAUUGUGUGUUUAGAUAGAAAACACUGCUGUCCAAAAGACCAUCAGUGCAGCACUGAUAGCAGCACCUGUGUCAAGGAGAGAGAACCAGUCACUGCAGUUAUGUGUAGUGAUGGUAAGUCAGAGUGCCCUGCACAGACAUCCUGCUGUGAAGCUGCUGAUGGAGGCUGGGGCUGCUGUCCAAUGCCAAGGGCAAUCUGCUGUGAGGACAAGGUACAUUGUUGUCCGGAGGACAGCACCUGUGAUGUAGAGAGCUUAAAAUGCCUGUCAUCCACCAAUCAGCACAAGCCCAUGUGGGCCAAGUUACCUGCCCGCCUGAGAGCUGACUGGGAGGACCACCAGUCUGCCGCAGUGACUCCUGGCAUGUGGUCUAUCACUAAUAAUGCUACAGAGAGCUGGAGUACUGCUGACACUGGUAACGCUACAGAGAGCUGGAGUACUGCUGACACUGGUAACGCUACAGAGAGCUGGAGUACUGCUGACACUGGUAACGCUACAGUGAGCUGGAGUACUGCUGACACUGGUAACGCUACAGUGAGCAGUGUAGCCAGUGAUCACUCAGUGACCUCUCCAUCCACUGGCAUCUCAGAAAAGGGGAAUGCAUGCUGUGAGUCCACAGACAGAGAGACAAGGUGCUGCCCACUGCUCCAGGCUGUCUGCUGUGAAGACCAUGUCCACUGCUGCCCACUCAACACCACCUGUAACCUGGCAACUCAGACCUGUGUCCAAAUCAGUAUGACUGUUCCCAUGCUGGAGAAAAUUCCUGUCACAAACCAAGAAUCCAAUGAGACAGAAAAUCAGCAAGGUGAGCCCGGAGAGGAUGUGCCCGGAGAGGAUGAGCCCGGAGAGGAUGAGCCCAAAGAGGAUGAGCCCAAAGAGGAUGAGCCCAGAGAGGAUGAGCCCAGAGAGGAUGAGCCCAAAGAGGAUGAGCCCGGAGAGGAUGAGCCUGGAGAGGAUGAGCCCAAAGAGGAUGAGCCCGGAGAGGAUGAGCCCGGAGAGGAUGAGCCCAAAGAGGAUGAGCCCGGAGAGGACGAGGGGGAGGAGGAAGGGGAAGGAAAUGGACGUGAUGAAGAGGAGCAGGUGCAGGAGGAAGAUGGAGUAAUUUGGUGUGAUGCACAUAUGGCCUGUCCGGAGCACUCCACCUGCUGCUUUAUGAACAGUGUUCAGACAUGGGGCUGCUGCCCACUGCCUCAUGCUCAGUGUUGUGCAGAUGGUGAACACUGCUGCCCGACAGACUACGCCUGUGAUGCCAAACAGGGCUCCUGCACAAAGAGUGGUGUGGUGAUCCCCUGGUACAGUAAGGUGCCUGCCCAGAGAAGCCCUGUCCCCAGCCCAGAUUUGCCAGUGGUCAGGUGUGAUUCCCACAUGAGCUGUCCGACAGGCUCCACCUGCUGUAGGAUGUCUCAUGGGGAGUGGGGCUGCUGCCCUCUGCCUGAGGCGGUGUGCUGUGCAGAUCAGGAGCAUUGCUGUCCAAAGGGCUAUGGCUGUGAUGUUAGAGCUGGCUCCUGUGUGAAGACUAUUUGGCUCCAGGUGCAGUCUGUUCCUCUGACCCACAUAUCAAGUCCUGAGUCACAGCCUGGCCCCUCACAACACAAAGAUAUCUCCUGUGGAGGCUCUUACAGUUGCCGUACUGACCAAACAUGCUGCAAGUCCUCUGAGACCACCUGGGGCUGCUGCCCAUCUGCCAAGGCUGUGUGCUGUCCUGAUAUGAAGCACUGCUGCCCUGCUGGCUACACUUGCAGUGAUGAGGGAACUUGCAGCCAGUCAGUGGGUUUAAACUGGGAUAACUGGGACUUAUUCUUCUCCAAAAAGAAGAGAGCUCUCUUGGUCUGAAGAUGGGUCCAUGCCAAAUCAUGAUCACUUCUGACAUUCAUAAUUGUAUGUCUUUUUUUUGUGUGUGUAAAUGUUGCAGAAAUCAGGGGGUACAUAA